UCAUUUGGCAUUUUAAUUAUUGUAUAGUGCAAUCAUUUUCUCCAUUGAAAAUCCAAAAAAAUUAAAAGCAUAACUUGUUGAUUCUCAAAACUGUCAAAGAAAUCGACGCGGUCCCCCAGAACGCAAUAAUGGUGUAAUAAUCGGGGAAAAGUGGCGCCGAAGUGCGACUCGAGCUUGUGGCGCCAUUUUAGUGUGUAUGUUGUUAUUUGUUUAACGAGCCCCCUUUCGCCACUCGCCAGUCUAGGAAGGACUAUAAACUAUCCCGUUUGUAAAUAACUUAUUUUAAUACUAUUUUCAAGAUGGACAACACGCCGAGUUCGUUGCAGAACUCCGAAUCUGGGUGCUUCGAUUCAUCUCGGUCACUAUUCGAGAGCACCCCCAAUGCGGGCAGCAACACCACCCCGCUGUACCCCCAGUCGAGGAAGAGAAAGGCCUCUUUCUUGGAGAAUUGCAGUGCGAGGAAACUGACAGACGUUAUAGAGGCGUGCCCCUUGUCACCGCCUUUCUCCAGCACCUUCAACGAGUCGUUGUUGAACCACCUGGAGAAGUUCCACAUUCAGACUGAAGAGAAUAAUAGUAAGGAUGAAAAAGAUCUCGUAAUUGACCUAGGAAGUACAGAAAAGCCUUACCAUGAAAUUAAAAUAUGCAGAAACAAUGAGUACGGUAGGAAAAAAUUCAGGUCGGCCCCCAACACCCCCAAAAAACAGGCGUGGGAUGUCCUGGACACGCCGAAGAGAGCCAAUACGAGCAGUUUCGUGAAGAACUUCUCGCAGAUCAACAUGCAGUCCCCCCUCAACAAGGAAGCCUACGGCAUACUAUACCCCGACCUGCCGCCUCUAGAACCGUGCAAAAAACCGUUGACUCCACAGAAAUUCAAGCAGAAUCUAGAGAAAACCGCCACGCCCGCCAAGAAGUGCCUUUUCGUUACCCCGCGACGGGAUCUCUUCAAGAAAGUGUUCUCGAACACCAUCAUCGUGGCAAACAUCUUCAGACACCUCUCGGACGGGGACUUAUACAGACUGUCGAUGGUUUCCCACUCGCUAAAGGACAGUCUGAGGCUGGACGUGAAUGCGUACGACAGGUACAGGAGGUUCCUGUACGCGCACAAGAGCUCGAAGGAGAACUACAGGAUAACCCCACCGAAAUCGCCCGAGAAGGAAGACAGCGUCGCGGAGACUGACCUGGACUCGAAGAAUUUCUAUUAUUUCUGUAGCAUCGCCAGCGAGCUGAACAAGAACCAGUCGUUGAUGAAGUGUCCGCGGUGCGGCAAGCCCUCCGUCGUGGAGAACGCCAUCGGGCAGUGCCAGGACCUGAACAGCUGCGGGUACAUCUUCUGCCAGAAGUGCAACAGCUUUGCCAACAACCCCAAGGACUUCAGGGACAAGUGCAACAACGCCCAGAUCGUCAAUGUGCGGCCGAGGAGUCGACUGGGCGACCUCAGCAACUCCACCAUCACGAGCGACUACAUGACGGACAACAGCAAUUCCUUUUUCUCGUCGUCCUCCCUGAAUCUCAGUCUGUCCAACAAGUACGACUCCUCGGGGUUCUUCUCGGAGUGCGAGGGCAACACCCCGGUGCUGAAGGCCAAGAGGAACCUGUCCAGGUCCUUCACGACGCCUUCUACGAUCAAACCGAGGGCCCUCUCGUCCAAAAACAAUAUCCAGGGUGCGACGUACCCCCACAAGGUCCAACGCCGCUCGUCCAUCUUGCCCGUCAUACCAAUGGAGGCGCCCAAACCGGUCGAGAUCGUGGAGCCGUCCAGUCCCCCCAAGGUCAAAUCGUACGCGAUCUGUUCCAAACAGAGCAAGAAUAAUCUGAAGCGGCUGACGCGAUAGCUGGGCGCGUCCUUCCCUCAGGUUCGAUUUUACGAGAGCUGUUAUACAGUUCCUUAUUUUUUCUUUUUGUAGCAUACGCGGAUAGUCGGCGCGUCGUCUCUUGGAGCGGAAUCGAACGAAACCGGUAUUUUUUUUAUUGUUACGUUGUAUCGGAAAUGGCGGAACUUUCUUUUUAAAUUACAAAAACGGUCGAGUUUUCUAUUAAAAAUUAGGCAACGCUGGGUUUUUCGCCUCCGAUUUGAGGAAUUUCGUAACACGACGUUUUCGGUGCGACGAUCGGACGAAUAGUCUACAGAUUGUUUGGGGAUUAAUUGGCCGAACUUAAUAUUCGGAAACGUAUGCAAACACUUCGUUUUCAGGGCAGAGCAUAUUGAAAUUAAAAAAAAAUCGUAUUUUUAAAUAACAUUACGUUUUUUUCAAAUUCCGACAUCCUGUAGCUCGGAAACUAAGCGUCACGAUUUUUUUUCUUAAUCUCAACUUCCCGAACUGGAAUUUUACUUUGACCGAUUAAUUGCUAAACACCCAGUAUAUUUUCCGACAGGGUCAUAAAAUUUCAACAAAUGUACAUGGCGUCGGAUAUCAAGCGUUUUAUUAGCGGCGUUUGUGCUCGAAAGUUAUUCAUAAAGUAUGUUUUUCUUUAGUUGGUCUAAAGGUUCAGUCGUAGCCGAAUUUCGAAACGCCCCGUACUAACUCCCAAAGAAACAUUCCAUUUUCGCCUUGAUCGAUAAUUUUUUUUAUUGCAGUUACGUCGUUUUAAUUUUUCCGGCUCCAAAGGAGUUUUUUCUCUCAACGGUACGCAUCACUCAUCUCGUUUCACCGUAACGGAGAUCGAGACAGCCGGUACUUAUUUUACCCGGGGCCGCGGUCCUUAUUAUCCCAGUUACUCUAUUUUUUUUACGCAUGUUUUAUCGUAGCAGUAAAAAGACCGUCACUAGAGGUGUUUUGUAAUUAUAGCAUUCCUCUUUAUGUAAUAAACUUUUUAAUUUUU